AUGAAUGAGCAACAACUGGGCUCCAGCACGCGAUCGGGACAAAUGGAAGAAUUACUGGUGCCCGCUCGACCAGUUCGAAGACCAAUUGGAGUCAAGCAAUGGUUGGCUUCGAAAGAGUGUGGAACUUGCUCAAAACUUAUAAGGCGAGGGCAUGGUAGCAAGAGCAGUAAGGAGAAUCUUCUUACCUUUAUCUGUCAGCAUGCUGAAGGGAAUGGGACUUACUCGCGGGAACUAAAGCAGCGGUAUAAGAACAGCAAACGUGUUCAGAAACAUUCCCAUUACUUCGCCAAGGUCCUCUUCCGCGGUGACGACGUGCCAUUGGAAACAGUUCGGACAGUGGCAAAGCCGCGAUCGACCAAAUGGAUAAUCGGAGAAAAUCCACAAAAACAGCCCCGUAUUUGCUACAUCACGCAAUAUUGUCACCCGACAUGGAUUAGUAGAUAUCAGGAUCUGCGAGGACGAUCGCGCAUCAUUAAGUAG